AUGAAUAGCAACACUACAACCAUGAAUACCUCCAAGAACAACAGCAAGAUGGAAUCUCACCUGAAUCGAUCCAUCUCUGAUCUAUCUGCUUCCUCUCAAGGUUCAGCUGACAGCAACGUUUCAGCAGCUCGCAAGCUGCGACGCAUGAAACGAAAACUUCUGUUGGAUUUCGUGAACGAUGAUCCUACUAACAACGACACCAAUGAUUACAAUGACAAUGACGAUGAUGAUGCUUCCACUGUCGUUAUGAGUAAUGAACGAGAGGUUCUAUCCCUUUUCAGUUGGUCGGCGGACAACAACCCAAGAUUGGCCAGUCAGCAUUGA